AUGACCGAAGAAAACAAAGCCAACAUUAAGGCAGAAGGCAGUACUGCUAGUACAGGAGCCGGAUCCGAAACGGCAGCCAAUUCGGGCGAAAAAGUGCUUUCCAACAAGGAAUUGAAGGAGUUGAAGAAGAAAGAGAAAGCUGCGAAGAGAGCAGCGCAGAAGGAAGCAAUUGGGAUCAGUCCAGAGCAGCAAAAACAGAAUGCUGAGCAGAAGAUAGACAAAAGGAAAAACCAAACCGCCACCAAUACGAAUUUGAAAAAGCAAUUGGACCAGACUGUGAUCAAAGAUGGGGCCAAGAGGAUUCCUUCUUUGUUCAGUCAUUUGGAAACGCGAGAGCAGAGGAAUGCUCUGUCACCUUCAAUAUCUCACAUAGUUCAUCCUGCCAUACUUUCAUUGACGUUGAAGUAUUCGACGUAUAAGGUCGUGGGAUCGACUUCCCGGUUGAGAAACAUGUUGCAAGUGUUCAAGAUUGUUAUUCAGGACUAUCAUACACCAGAGAAUACGACUUUGACCAGACACUUAUCGGGCCAUUUAUCACAUCAAAUUGAACAUUUGAAGACAGCAAGACCAUUAUCUGUAUCUAUGGGAAAUGCUAUCAGAUGGCUUAAGCAAGAGAUCUCUCAUAUUUCCAUUGACACGAGCGAGAGUAAAGCUAAGGAGACCUUGUGCUCCAAGAUUGACGACUUUAUCCACGAGAAAAUAGAUCUUUCCGACCGGGUCAUCAUCGAAAACGCGUCACAGCAUAUCACAAAUGAUUGUACCAUCAUGACUUAUGGCCAUUCCGAAGUUUUGGAGAAGCUCUUCAAGUACUGUGUCAUAGAGCAGAACAAGAGGUUCAACUUAAUCAUUGUAGAUUCCCGACCUUUGUUUGAGGGAAAACGUCUCUUGUCCAACUUGGUCUCAACCAAUUACCAUCCCGAAAUAGAGGAGUCAGAGUCGGAGGUCCACUAUGUGUUGAUUAAUGCCUUGUCGUCUACACUUUUGGAAGAUGUGGACUGUGUCUUUUUGGGAGCCCAUGCCAUGUUGUCCAAUGGACGUUUGUAUUCUCGUGUUGGAACUGGUUUGAUAGCCAUGAUGUGUCAUAGCAGAAAUAUCCCUGUGUUGACCUGUUGUGAAUCUGUGAAGUUCUCCGACAAAGUACAAUUGGAUUCUGUCACUACGAACGAGCUUGCCGAUUGUGAGGACUUGGUUCAUAGCAUCAACUCGAAGAAACCUCCACAAAAGAAGUCAUUUGCCAUGGAACAAUUCAUCAAACAGUGUGAUGAGGAAAAAGCUUCCAAUAACAAGAACAACAAACAACAGCAACAGCAGCAUAAGAAGAAGGAAGGAUCGGCUGAGCCAGAACAAGAAUCAGAUGAAGCACCUUUGAAAGACUGGAAGAGCUACCCCAACUUGAACAUCUUGAACAUCAUGUACGAUUUGACUCCACCGGAGUAUAUCAAGAAGGUAGUGACUGAGUUGGGAGCGCUUCCUCCUUCUGCUGUUCCUGUAAUCUUGAGAGAGUACAAAAAUACAUAA